GGCGAAGGCAAGUUUUUUGUUUUCGCGUGUACACCAGGACCCCCUUCUUCUCAACGACGUAGCGCAAAGUAACCCUUCUCCUCUCACUCAUUCAUACCCCCUUUCUUUCUCCGUCCCUUCCACGAGAUCAAGGCGCGUUCGACACAACUAUGGCUUCGCAACCACAGACCGAGGCCGAGGCCAACAUUCAGAUCUGGAAGGUCAAGAAGCUCAUCAAGAGCCUCGACAAUGCUCGAGGUGCUGGUACCAGCAUGAUCUCGCUCAUUCUGCCUCCCCGAUCGCAAAUCUCUCAGACGAGCAACAUGCUCACACAGGAGUACGGCACGGCGUCAAACAUUAAGUCGCGCGUCAAUCGUCUCUCCGUCCUGGGUGCUAUCACGUCGACGCAGCAGCGUCUCAAGCUCUACACAAGGGUGCCACCGAACGGGCUUGUGGUCUACUGCGGCACCAUUCUGACCGACGAGGGCAAGGAGAAAAAGGUCAACUUUUCAUUCGAGCCUUUCAAGCCGAUCAACACCUCCCUCUACCUCUGCGACAACAAAUUCCACACAGAGGCCCUCGCCGAGCUGCUCGAGAGCGAUGCGAAGUUUGGCUUCAUUGUCAUGGACGGAAACGGGUCUCUCUUCGGAACGCUGAGCGGCAACACGAGGUCUGUGCUGCAGAAAAUUUCGGUCGACUUGCCAAAGAAGCACGGCCGUGGUGGUCAGUCUGCCCUGCGUUUCUCGCGUCUGCGUGAAGAGGCGCGCCACAACUACGUCCGAAAGGUCGCCGAGCUGGCGACACAGCAUUUCAUCACCGAUAACAAGUGCAACGUCGCUGGUCUGGUCCUGGCUGGUAGCGCCGACUUCAAGACGGAGCUGGGCCAGUCGGAUCUGUUUGACCACCGCCUCGCCCCCAAGGUUAUCCGAACUGUCGACGUCUCCUACGGCGGUGAGAAUGGCUUCAACCAGGCGAUUGAGCUGUCAGCCGAGUCGCUCCAGAACGUCAAAUUCAUCCAGGAGAAGCGUCUGAUCCAAAAGUACUUUGACGAAAUCAGCCUCGAGACGGGCAAGUACUGCUUUGGCUUGGACGACACAUUCAAGGCGCUGGACCUCGGCGCUGUCGAGACGCUCAUCGUGUGGGAGAAUUUGGACAUUACGAGGCACACGCUCCGAGACUCGGAAGGUCACGAGGUCAUUGUGAUGACGACCAAGGAGCAAGAGCAGGACAAGAGCCGGUUCAUGGACAAGGCCACGGGAGUCGAAAUGGAGCAGGCCGAUGAACCGCAGUCGCUCCUCGAGUGGCUCGCCGAGCACUACCGCGACUUCGGAACGAACCUCGAGUUCGUUACGGAUCGGUCGACCGAGGGCAUGCAGUACGUCAAGGGCUUCGGUGGCUUUGGCGGUAUCCUGCGCUACAAGGUUGCUUUUGAGGACAUGGCCGUCUUUGAAGAUGACGACGAGUUCAUGAGCGACAGCGACGACGAUUGACUCGUCGUCGAGUCUCGCCCUCCUCCCGCCGCCCGCGCUGGGGACAGCGCUGACGGCGGCACCAUCGAGGGGUCGAGGCUGAGGGAAUCACUGGCAAAUGGCACGCCGUCCUCUUCAUCGAUCGUUCGCUCCAUCAAAGGGCUCGCCGGAGCCUCGUCAUCGUCGUCUUCACCGUCGAUGACGCAGCCCAGUCAAGGAAGGGCGCCAUGGAGCAAGAGCAUCUUUGGCAGGCUGGCAACUUCAUCUUAAG